AUGGGGUCUUCUCCGCAAACUCAGACCCCGGGCCAAGACCGCCACGCAACCCGACAAGAUGUGCAUAUCACUUCCCAGGACGCUUCUGAUUUGAGCGGCUACGAUACAGAUUCGUCGAGCACCGCAAGUGACGAUCUGGAUAGUGAUGAUACGGCAAUUUUCGAGCGCAGCUCCCCGCCGAGGAGAUUGGGGGCCGCGCCCUUGAUAGUUGAUAAUCGGUGGCGGCCCUCCGCUGAUGAAUAUGAUAGUGAUAAUGACGGUGUCCUUGCCUCUGCAGAUGGCGUUCAGGAGAAGCCGGUGACAUGGAGCUCGCUGCCGAAGAAGGGCCAGUUGGCGAUUCUAACAUUAGCGCGACUGUCAGAGCCCUUAACUCAGACCUCUCUGCAGGCUUAUCUGUUCUAUCAGCUUAAAUCGUUUAAUCCAUCUUUGCCAGACUCGCAGAUUUCAACGCAGGCUGGUAUUCUCCAGGGCAGCUUUACGGCUGCGCAAUUCCUCACGGCUAUUUGGUGGGGUCGUCUUGCUGAUGCUGACUGGAUGGGACGAAAGAGAGUGCUUUUAAUCGGAUUGAUGGGUACUUGUCUGUCCUGUAUAGGCUUCGGCUUCUCUCGCUCUUUUGCGACGGCUAUGGUCUUUCGGACUCUGGGUGGUGUGUUGAACAGCAAUGUUGGUGUGAUGAGAACGCUGGUCGCAGAGAUAAUUGCUGAGAAGAAAUAUCAAUCUCGAGCAUUUUUACUUCUACCCAUGUGUUUCAAUAUCGGUGUGAUCAUUGGCCCGAUUUUGGGAGGCUCUUUAGCCGAUCCCGUCAACAGUUUCCCGGGAAUCUUUGGCCCGGGAUCCUUACUUGGCGGAAAAGAAGGUGUCUGGUGGAUGCAGCAUUGGCCAUAUGCAUUGCCAAAUGUAUUGAGUGCAUUUUUCAUAAUGAUCUCAUUUCUCGCGGUCUUCCUUGGGCUGGAUGAGACACACGAGGUAGCACGUUAUAAGAAGGACUGGGGUCGCAAAUUGGGGAAGCGGCUCACAAGAGCUCUGACUAGGAAACCUCAACAUUAUCGUCCAUUGACUCGCUCUAGAGACGAUGACUCUCUCUAUCUGGACGGUAGUGUGGGUACCUGGUCUACACCAUCAAGCCCAGCUCGUUCUCGUGUGCAACCCCGGCCACAGAAAAAACAAGGAGUCCGCCAGGUCUGGACACGCAAUAUUCUCCUCACUUUAUUCGUUCACUUCUUGCUAGCCUUCCACACAAGUGCGUUCAACUCCAUGGCUUUUGUAUUCUUGCCCAUGCCUCGUGCUCCAGAAAACUCUCGGCAAGGAUUCUUCCAUUUCAGCGGUGGACUUGGCCUUCCAUCAUCGCGAGUCGGCUUCGCUACUGCUAUCAUUGGUUUCAUUGGCUUGCCCCUCCAGAUCUUCGUUUAUCCGGCGAUACAGACAAAACUUGGCACCCUCACAUCUUUUCGCACAUUCCUUCCCUUUUCGCCAAUCGCUUACUGCCUGGUACCGUUCCUUGUGAUUCUGCCACGCAUACCGUGGAUCGUUUGGCCCUCCUUCACUUUUGUGGUUACCUUGCAGGUCAUCUCGCGAACAUUCAUCCUGCCUGCUGCUAUUAUUUUGGUGAACAACUGCGUCACUGAUCCAUCCAUUCUUGGUACAGUCCACGGAGUCGCACAGAGCAUUGCUAGCGCAGCGCGGACACUCGGCCCCUUCCUCGGUGGCUGGGGACUUGGCUUCGGCCACGAGCACAAUAUGAUCGGUGCCGUCUGGUGGGCGCUGGCUGUUGAAUCUGUGAUUGGAUGGUUCAUGCUGUGGAGUAUUCACGAGGGCAAGGGCAUUGAACGUAAGAAGGAUGAGUUGGAAGAGGAGUGA